CUUCAGCCAGUGCAGUGUGAGCCUUUGCCCGAGACGCGCACACAUACGUACACACGCACACACACAACACGCCUUUGCCUACAGCACAGCAACUUUCUGUAGCGGAGCUUCUCUGACAGACGCGCACACUCUCUCUCUUUCACAUCUGUGUGCAGCUAUAGAGGACAAGACAGACAUUAGGGAAGAGAGGAAGAUAAGACAGGAAGAGGAACUGAACGCUUUAUAAAUGGCCAACAUUGUGACGUCCUUCUGCUGUUUGGUGCUCGCAGCCGUGGUGGUGGGCUAUGCCCAAAGGCGCAGCCAGCAAGGUGCCAGGAUUCAGUAUGAAAGGAUAGGAAGUGAUGUUACCAUGCAGUGUGGCUCUCUGGACAAUGAUGCCUCAGUAACGUGGAAGGUGAACGGUACGGAUGUAAAGGCUCGCAGACGGGAGGACGGACCGCGGCUCAUCCUGCUGGAGGUGGACAUGAGCAGCAACGGCCUGUACAGCUGCUUCCAGAACCCUGACGGACAGCGUCGUGACGUGAUCAAUCUCCGUGUUGGACGUGCAAGGAUUCAGUAUGAAAGGAUAGGAAGUGAUGUCACCAUGCAGUGUGGCUCUCUGGACAAUGAUGCCUCAGUAACGUGGAAGGUGAACGGUACGGACGUGAAGGCUAACAGACGGGAGGAGGGUCCGCGGCUCAUCCUGAUGCAGGUGGACAUGAGCAGCAACGGCCUGUACAGCUGCUUCCAGAACCCUGACGGCCAGCGCCGUGACCUGAUCAAUCUCCGUGUUGGGGUUCCACCUAAGGAACCGCAGGUGACGUGUCGAUCAAACACCUACCCCAAAGGAUUCUACUGCAGUUGGCAUCUUCAGCAUCCUCCAAACAUACCUACGGAUUAUGAAGUUGACGUCCAGCAUAACCAGAAGCCUUUAGAGGUAAAAAGAGAUGAGGAUCAUAAGAACAGAUUCCAUGUGAAGUUUCCAGAACUCUUCUCCAGCUUUCCAUACCGAGUCAAUGUCACAGCGGUGAACGCGCUGGGCAGAGCUUCUACGGCCAUCAGCUUUGAGGAAUCAAGUAUAGUGAAACCGGACCCCCCUGAGAAGGUGGUUGCCAAACCUGUGCCCAAUAAUGCACGAAGACUGGAAGUGACCUGGAGUAGCCCUUCUUCAUGGCCCGAUGUGGAAACCUUCCCGCUGAAGUAUUUCCUGCGCUACCGGCCGCUAAUUCGAGACCAGUGGCAGCACGUGGAGCUCUCUGACAGCAACUCCCACACUAUUACCGACGCGUAUGCUGGGAAAGAGUACAUCAUCCAACUGGCGGCCAAGGACAUGGAAAUCGGGACUUGGAGUGACUGGAGCGUUGCGGUCUAUGCCACUCCCUGGAUGGAAGAACUUAAGCCCAUUACCUCCACUAUUGACAGCGACAUUAUCCCAACAACAACCACCCCAAGCCCUCCCUCGGCUGCACCACGAGUGGGUGAACCCACGGCGGCCUGCUCCACCCUUCUCUGGUCAACCCAUCUGCUAUUGGCCUGUGUUCUGCUAUCCAUCAUGUGAUGUGUAAGCUUCAUUCCUGUGGAAAAAUGAGGAGUCUUCUAUUUCUAUUUUGCACAUGUUAAUAGAUAUCGUGCAUUGAUAAUUUAAUUGAAGUUCUUUUUCUCACAAAAGAAAAAACCUAGAAAGAUUAAUACGUGAUGACAUUUACAAAAGCAAGACCGAACAAGGAGAUAUUUCAACAUUUCUGACGACGAGAGCUUACGGACGACGGAACGGAAACAGACACAGAAACUGAACCCCAGGGAAGCAAAAGAUUUGGGGACACGAGAUUCACCUGCCUGGCAGCACAAGAAACAAAUCAUUCACCCCUUUUUUCAUAUGUCAUGCAAAUGUUUCACCCCCAACUCAAUUCUUCAAACUGACAGAAAGAAAACUUUUGUGUAUAAUGUCAAUUUCCGCAACAUACAGCUAAUUCAUCAUGCCAAAGACUCGGACUGUUGUUUUUUUCACGAUCCCUAGCUUCCCCAAAACUGUGUCUGUAAGGGAUUGGAACUGGCAGUACAAAAUCUUCAGACUUCAAAGACUGACAAGUAACAGUUUAGCUUGAAGGCCAUGGUUUGAUAUCUGUUGUAGCCUAUUUCUUUAUUUCGUUCAAAAUUUUGCUUUUAUCAUUUUUGGCCCCUGAACACAAAUAUGUUGAAACUGUAAAUAUAAAUGGGUUUGGACUGUUCUGGUCGGCCUUUUUUGUAAACAAGAAGAACAGCGUGUUGUGUCAGACCACCUGAAGAUUAAGCACCGUCCUGAACCAUGUUUUCGCUCUCCAACAUCGUUUUUUUUCUAGUCAGUAUCACCACAGGUUAUUACUACCUUAUUCGAGGAAUAUUGAGGUUUUUGUAUCAUUGAAUAAAGUAUAAUUUUAGAAGCUUAGAUUUUUUUGUUUGUUUGUGAUUUUAUUUUUCCAAACCUUGCUUAAUUCUCCAUGAUCAUAUUUUGUAAACUAUGAUAUGUAUCUUUAACAUGAGAAAAAGUUUAUUAUUUAAUAAUGUAUGUAUUAGCUUUAGAUUCUUGUAACCUGUAUCUGGGUUCUUUUUAUAGAUGUACAUAAAAUGAGAAGUUGUUCAUUAAAUGUGACCAUUUCACAAUGAA